AUGGUUAAAAAUAUUAACAGUAAAAACAAUGACACCAUUGUGACGUCACGCAACAUUAAAUCAGUCGAGUGUGACAUCACAGGGCCAGCGGACCGCCAGGUUCUCCUUUACGCUGAUUAUGCGUUCUCCCGCCCCCUGAAAGUCACGUGCCGGCAACUUCGCGCUCGAGACGAGCAAACAUGGCGGUUCCUCGGGCGCCGUGGCCUCAACAAAGAUGGCGGCGUUAGCCUCCCCCCCCUCCAGUCUGUUUAUUUCAUUCACAUUUCUCCCCCUACUCCCACAUAUCAGGGGCGCUCCUUCCCUCGCACCCCCUUUCGCUAUUUCAAACAACCGCGGCUCUACUUUCUGAACCUCAAACCAGUUUCCUCGCGGGGUGGGGGUGGGGAGGGCCAGGAAGAAACAUGGCGGCGCAGGACUCCGCUGAGUCUGAGCAUGCGCUGGGAUGGUCCUUUCCGGUUGUGCCACUUCCUCUUCCGUUUUGAGGAAGCGGGGAUCUGGAUUGGAAAAUGGCAAAGCGGCGGCUGCCCUGCGGGGCGGAGGACGCGGCGGAGGGAGAGCGCGGUCAGUCUGCGCGCUGGGCUGGAGGGGCGGGGAGGGAAGGGGCAGGCGGGGGGCCGGUGCUGAGGGGGCAGGAGAGGCCCAGUGGGCGGUGGAGGCAGAAGCCGCUGCCCCUCCCCGCCCACCUUCCCCUCCGGAGCCCCGGCUGGGCUUCCCUGGGGCGCCUCUCCGCCUCCCCUGCGGAGCUCUGCCCGUCCCCACACAGGGAGGCUGAGGCGCGGCCGCUUCUCCUGCAGGAGGGAAGGGGGCUGGAGAAAGGGAGGUGGGGGGCCGGCGGGGGAAGGGGGCUUGUCCUGUGGCUGGGACUCCCGUAUAAGCGAAACAAGCUGUAACUUAGGGCUCCACUCUCUUGGGGGGCCCCCAAAAAAUUUGAAGGGGAAAAAACAACGAUGUACAUUUCCAAAAUAUAAGAUAAAAUACAUAAAAUAAAACCUACAUGCAGCAACAGUAGCAAAUGGCUUUAGAUACCUAUUAGGUCCAUAAAUUACUAUAUAGCAUAUAUUCAACACAAGAAACAGCGACAAUUUGUUGUUGACAAAGGACAGCUGGACAUAUGAAGGGCCCCAUUAUCUUCAGUAGUUUCGGGCCUCAUCAAACCUAAAUCCGGCCCUGGCUGGGAACUAGCAUGAAGCAAGCAGCAGUCUCGCUCGGGUGCCUCAGAAACAAAGUUUUCAGGCGCUUUGGGUCUCCAAGGAAUGUGUCUGGGUCUCUAAGGAAUGCGUCCGGAAAGGGAAGGGUGGGGAAGGGUGUCUGUGCACAGAAGGUCCCUGGUUCCAUCCCCAGUGGCAUCUUGAGGAAACUCACGGGAGAGCUGCUGCUGCCAGUCAGGGUAGACAGUGCUGCUGAGCUCCUGGACCAAGGCAUAAGGCAGCUUCCUAAUAGAGUCUUUGAAAUAUCUGCUUGAUGCAGAGUUAGCUCAGCUGGAGAGCAUAUGGUGGAUUUUUAAAAUGCACUUUCGUAGGAUGCGUUUCAGUAGGAGAUACAGAAUGAUAUAGAGGCACACCUUGGAGUUAUGGCGGGUUCGGUUGAGGGCCACUGCAGUCAGUGUUGGAAACACCCGUGGGGUUCUGGCGCAUUUUGCGACAGGGAAUCUCAUUAGUACAAGGAAUUUUUGAGCUGUGCCUAAGGUUUCAGAUUAAAACUGCAGAGUGGAAGGAAAGGAGGACCUUUUUGCGCCUCCCCACUUGUAGCUACUCUCUGAAGACUGCAGAAGAGACCCUCUUAAGAAUGUUAGGGGAGUGGGCAGGGGAAGGACAGGACCAUGUGAAAAAUGAACAUAAUAUUUUAGCUGCAGUUCAUUUUCAGCUUUGUAUUCUUGUUAUAAAAAAGCACACCUACACAGUUCGUCACUGCGCCCAUAACCUGGGUUUAAGGUGCCAUUUAGCUCCUAGCUUUUGUAUCUCAGUUUCGAACCCUGACUGCAAUAAGUCAUACACAUUUUUUUUUGUUUCCCAGUGUAUAUAAAAGUUAUAUUUACACGUGAGUAUAGUCUAUUAAGCCAGACCCCUCUGGCUGCAGGGGCAGGAGGGGUAAAAACCUGACUCCAGCAGCUCUACUCCUGUGGCCAGAAGGGGGGGGGGCAGUGGCUUUCUUCCCCUGGAAGCUGCUAGGUCUCCGGGAGGGGGGGUUACUUCCCAUGCUGACCCUGCCAUGAACUCGCUGGUAGGUGGCAGAGGUUUAGGUUGGCAGCCAUUUCAGGCUCAAACACUCCCUACCCAUCUAGGGUAAAUUAUUGAGCUACUGUAGAUUGUUGUACAAGUUACAGCGGACGCUCGGGUUGCGAACAUGAUCCGUGAAGGAGGCACAUUCGCAAUCUACAGUGCCGCGAUUUGGCGCUUCUGCGCAAAGUGCAGUUUAGUGUUUCUGCGCAUGCAUGAACGCCAAAACCCGGAAGUAACCCGUUCUGGUACUUCUGGGUUCGGUGUGGUGCACAACCCAAAAAUGCGCAACCUGAAGUGCCUGUAACCCGAGGUAUGACUGUAUUGGGUUGUAUGCAACCUUAGUCCUCAGAAUCGCCUGAAUGAAAUUGAUAGGCAUGUCUAACUUAGGUCCAUUAAUUUCAGUAGGUCCAUUUGGAGUUGGGCUAACAUUGGAUACAGCCUGCUGAGAUAACAUGUGAAAAACUCUGAAUACAUAAGAAGAUCCUGUUGCAUCAGGCCACUUGCCUAUCUCGUUCAGCAUCCUGUUCUCAUAGAGGCUGACUAGAUGACUGUGGGAAACCUGCAGGCUGGACAUAAGCACAAUAGUAGUCUGCCCACCUGCAAUUCCCAUAAACUGGUAUUCAAAGGCAUACUGCCUCUGACAGUGGAGGUAGAACUUAGCUGCUGUGGCUACUAGCUGCUGAUAGCCUUGAAUUUAUCUACUCCUUUUUUAAAGCCAUCCAGCUUGGUCGCUAUCACUGCCUCCUCUGGGAGAGAGCUCCAUCGUUCUAUCUGGUUGGCCACUGUGAGAACAGGAUUCUCAGAGUUGGUGGGUGCCUCUGAUGUUGCUAUGGUUAACAGCUAGCCUAUCUGGCCAAAGUCACGGGAAGCCAGGGGGACUGUUGCUCAGGAAGCAGCCCACCCUGACCUGGAAGUAAGUUGUCAGUUCUGGAUUUAAAAUGAGCCUUGAAGACCCAUUUGUUUUAAAGUGCUUUUAGUUGAUAACCUAUGUACCUUGUGGUCUAGCUGGUUUUAAAUUGCGUUAUUAGUGGCUUCAUUAAUUUUGGGGAUUACUUGGCUUUCCAGAUGGCUAAUGUUUUGAACCAGAGAGAUUUCCAAGCAGUCUUCAAGGGCAGCCUUGCAUACAGUGCAUUUCAGUAAUCUAACCAAUGAGUUCACACCUCUGUCUUUGCAGAGUGACAACAGGAGAGCUGUAGCUCGGAUGUCUCUCUCGCCGAAGAUGCUGCCGUGCAAGAAGAGAAGAGCCGUCACGGCAGAUUCUGAGGAGGUGGUGGAGGAGGAGGAUGUGCAGCCUGUUCCAAUGGAGACCCCUGCCUCAGGUGGGAUCAACCAGCUCUGUGGCCUGGUGCCGCAGGGGCAGGACAAUGCUGCUUUGACUGAAGGGAGAGGUCUCUACAGCCUGCCUGCCGACACGCCUGCCUGUUCAUCUCCCCCUGCUUUGCCCAUGCCUCUGUCUUUUUUGGGAGACACUGGCGGUGAAGCAGCGAAGAGCAUUGUGCUUCCAUCUAGAGACGCCAUGCAGAAAGGCUGGCUGGAAUUGUCUGAGGCCUCUUUGAGGGGUGGGAAUGUCCUGGCUAAGGCAGAGCUGGAUCUCUGCCCAGAGCGAGCCAGAGAGCUCCAAGACGCAAAGACCUCUCCAUCACUUGAGCUACUUGUGGAUAAGGAGCAGAAGCCCAAGUCAGAAGGUAAGCUAGUGGUGUGUGCUGAAGGGGAGAAAAACAUGAUGGGAAUAAUGCUGCGAGGUAGGUUAGGCUGCUGGGACGUGGGUGGCGCUGUGGGUUAAACCACAGAGCCUAGGACUUGCCGAUCAGAAGGUCGGCGGUUCGAUUCCCUGUGACAGGGUGAGCUCCCGUUGCUGGGUCCCUGCUCCUGCCAACCUAGCAGUUCGAAAGCACAUUGAAGUGCAAGUAGAUAAAUAGGUACCACUCCGGUGGGAAGGUAAACGGCGUUUCCGUGUGCUGCUCUGGUUGGCCAGAAGCGGCUUAGUCAUGCUGGCCACAUGACCCGGAAGCUGUACGCCGGCUUCCUUGGCCAAUAAAGCGAGAUGAGCACUGCAACCCCAGAGUCGGCCACCACUGGACCUAAUGGUCAGGGGCCCCUUUACCUUUAGGUUAGGCUGAGGUCACCCAGCAAGCUUCAUGGCCAAGUGGGGAUUUGAACCCUUGUCUCCCAGGCCCUGGUUUGAAACUCUUUAAUUGCUACACCAUCAGUGGCUCAGUUAGGCAUUAGUUCAGGCUUCCUCAAACUUGGCCCUCCAGAUGUUUUCGGCCUACAACUCCCAUGAUCCCUAGCUGGCAGGAUCAGUGGCCAGGGAUAAUGGGAAUUGUAGUCUCAAAACAUCUGGAGGGCCGAGUUUGAAGAAGCCUGUGAUUAGUUUAUGCCCCCAAAGGUUCGUUGAGGCUGAAUUAAGCUUGCCCUGUUAGAAAUACAAUGCGAUUUCACCUGUUGUUGAUAGCUAGGAUAAGGACUGCAAAAUCUUAGAGAAGCAGGGGUUUUGCUGUUACGGAUGAUCGGUGGCUAAGAAAAGCAUCUGAGCAAAAUUAAAUGUUAUAAAAGUAGAAGUGGAAAGGAAGAGCCCGAGUCAUUCAGAGGUUUCUGGCAAAAUUGGUGACUUCGUUUUUUAACGGAACAAAAACACAGUUGAUGAGACAGCGACAAUGAAUGUUCCUGGUGCGAUAUAAACAGAUGGUAUUCAUUUAAAACAGGAUACUUAAUAUAGUAUGUGAUCAGACCUUACAUGGUUUGAAGAUGCUUUGUAAUUAAAGUUUUUUAUGUGAGUGCACAUAUGCACAAGCAGUAGGUUUUCAUGGCAUCGUAGAUCUCUUGUUUCCAGCUGCUACCAUUUCUCUGAAGCCAGAGCCUGAAUGGGACGUGGGGUAUCCUCCCCUGAAAGCCCCAAAGGCCUCACAGGGAGCCGAAUUGCUCCAGGAAGUCAAGGAAGAAGCUGAGGAGACGGGGCUGUUCAUCCCAGUAGGUGAGUAUUGCAUGUCCAUAAAGUGGAUAACAGAACAAAGGCAUCUUCUUUGAAGUUCUGCCCUGUUUCAGGCACAGCAAGCAGAUACUGAAGGCUGGGGGAUCUGUAACCCCUGAUGAAUAGCAGGGAUGGGUGAACCUCUUCCCCCACCCCCCACAAAAUACUGCUGGCCCCAUCAACCCCAGUCAGCAUGGCCAGUGGUCAGGGAUGAUGGGAGUCAUAGCUGAGCAUCAAAUGGAAGGCCAGAGGUUCCCCAGCCCUGGCAGGCAGCUUCAGGCAUCUGUUGUUGAACAGAUGAUUUAUACAUUUCUAGGCAAGUGCUGCUAUUAAGUCAUUCUUUCAUAGUGAUCAUUUGCAGAAGUGACUCAGAACUGGGCUGCUUGAUCACACCAAAAGCCCACCUGGUCCAGCAUCCUGUUGUCACAGUGGCCAACAAACUGCCCCAACAGGGAGCGUGCAACAACCCCCUUGUGUGGAAUAGUUAGCAUGGAGCUUUGCUCUUCUCGGAUUAUCAAACUACAGUGGUACCUCGGGUUACAGAUGCUUCAGGUUACAUACGCUUCAGGUUACAGACUCUGCUAACCCAGAAAUAGUACCUUGGGUUAAGAACUUUGCUUCAGGGUGAGAACAGAAAUCGUGCUCCGGCAGCGCGGCGGCAGCAGGAGGCCCCAUUAGUUAAAGUGGUGCUUCAGGUUAAGAACAGUUUCAGGUUAAGAACAGACCUCCGGAACAAAUUAAGGACUUAACCUGAGGUACCACUGUACAUUCCCUCCUCUAAUUUUUGUCCUGGGUAAAUUUGCAGGAACCAUUAUUAAAGCUAGUAUUUUUAAGCACAUGGAAGAACAAGCCAUGUUGAGGAAGAAUCAGCAUGGUUUCUGCAAUGAGAGGUCCUGCCUCACUACAGUAUAGCCUUUUAUAAUUCUUGUGUGUGUCUCAAUAAACACAUGGACAGGGGUGAUCUGAUAGACACGAGAGCUUGCAUCCAAUGCUAGUCAUACUCAGACGCAUUGAAAUUAAUGGGCAUGACUAACUUACAUCUGUUAAUUCCAAAGGAGCUGAGGUUCUGACCUCCAGUUUAUCCUUGCAACCUCCCUGCAAGAUAGGGUGGACCUUAUUUGAUUUAUUAUAUUUUUAUCCCGCUUUCUUUCACAUGAAAUCCCAAAAUGGCUUGCAAAAAAUAAAUAACAAUAACACAAUGGAACAUAAUAGAACAUCACAAAUACAGCAUAAGUCAUGUAGAAUAAUUAACAAAUCACCAGCGAAACAAUUUCAAUCUGCAAAACACUGUUAAGGUCGCCUGGUGAACUUCCUGGCUGAGCCUGGAUUCAGAGACAGCUGCUUAUUGAAUGCUGUGGUUUGAUACUCUGCCUGUUUUUCCUGUCCAGAAGAGCGAGAAGGAGGGAAGAGAAAGCGGAGGAAAGCGACUAAACGGAAGCGGGAAGGGAAAUGCCAGGAGGAGGAGGAAGGGCCCUUGGCUUGCGACCUCAAGCUGGAUGACACGCUCGACCGGACUUUGGAAGACGGGGCGAAACAGCACAACCUGACAGCUGUCAACGUGCGAAACAUCCUCCACGUGAGUGUGAAGACAGCGACGGCGGCAGUGUGGAUGGGGUUGCAAACAAACACCUUGUGAUGGCACCGCUGAUCUUGCUGAUCACAGCCUUGAAAAUGAGGCAGGGCCUUGCAAGAGGUGGUUUCCCUUUGUCCCUCGGAAAUCGCCUAUGGUCGCUGUGGCGUUUGCCCUCCUAGGUGACAUCAUGCCGGGUCAUAAGGAAAGGGUUAAAUGAAUGUGAAGUGAUUGGCAAGUGGGAACCCAAGGGGAGGAGUUAGAGUUGUUAAGGGUCAGUCGGGUGUUAGAGAAGAGAGAGGGAGGAUAGGUUUGUGGGUUGGGAUAGUUUGAUGUGAGAGAGUGAGAGAAUCUGUUAAGAGGAAUCAGAUAGACAGCUGGGAUAAUCAGUUAGAAGUUAUUAGGAAGGUAUAGGCCGGUAAAGAAACUAAGAUUAAGAAACUGACAAGAAAAAUUAUCUGAAACCAUAAACUUGUCAAUGCUUAUAAAAUAAACUUGUUUAUUUGGUUUAAUGUUAACAACUGUCUGGACUCCAUGUGUACCCGAGAGAAACGGGUUGGUGGCAGCGGGGAAGCAAUCACAGUGGUGGCACAGGGAUCAAUCGACCGUCAAACGUCCGGGGACCCUGUGUGAUCGCCACAGUCGCCUCCAGCAUUAGUACUGGACCAUGAGCUGCUUGGAGGGGCUUUGUGGACAUUACUUCUGUGCCCACUGCAUUGGGGACCCAUUGCUUUACGGUGGUACCUCGGGUUACAGAUGCUUCAGGUUACAUACACUUCAGGUUACAGACUCCGCUAACCCAGAAAUAAUACCUCAGUUUAAGAACUUUGCUUCAGGAUGAGAACAGAAAUUGUGCCCUGACGGCGCGGCAGCAGCGGAGGGCCCCAUUAGCUGAAGUGGUGCUUCAGGUUAAGAACAGUUUCAGGUUAAGAACGGACCUCCGGAACGAAUUAAGUAUGUAACCAGAGGUACCACUGUAUUGCCAUGUUUGACUCAGCCCAGGUUAUUCCGUCGAUAAAACUACGCCGUGGGUGGAGCAAACUGGAAAACGGUUUUUGUCUUUUCCACUCCAGGAAGUGAUAACGAAUGAGCAUGUUGUCGCCAUGAUGAAAGCAGCCAUCAGUGAGACGGAGGACAUCCCCAUGUUCGUAAGUUCCUCCCUCAGUAGGGAAGCUGGAGAUCUGCUUCUCCCCUGGCCAAGAAGGGAAGUGUGCACUAGAAAGAAAAAGCCUGGUCAAAUUUUGUACAAUUUCUAAUGGAACAAUGGAAAUUCUCUUUUUCUCUCUCCCUCCCUUUAGGAGCCAAAGAUGACACGCUCCAAGCUGAAGGAGGUGGUGGAGAAAGGAGUGGUGAGUUGGUGUUCGGAAGCACUGCUGCCUCUGACCGUGGAAGCUUGUACAUUGUUGCUCGUAGCCAUUAAUAGAUGCCCUUAUCCUCCAUAACUUUGCCAAGUUCUCUUUUAAAGCCUUCCCCGUUGGUGGCCGCCCCUGCCUCCUCUGAGAGUGGGUUUCGUAGUUUAACUAUAUGCAGUGUGAAGAAACCCUUUAUUUUAUCUCUCCUGAAUAUGAUAUAUACGAUAUGAUACGAUAUCUUUAUUGUCAUUGUCCCAUACAGAACAAUGAAAUUGAAAAACUACAUAAAACAUUCAAAAACCCCUAAAAACUCUGAAACCCCAUUUUAAAAUACACUAAACUAUACUAUAAAAUACACUAUACUAAAAAAUACACUAUACUAUAGAGACCCCCUCAUGCUGCAUUUAGAACCAGAAUUGCAUUUGCGUAGAAACUCUUUCUCAGACGGCUAGUCCUGACCUUUAUAACUCUAUACCUUCUUCCAGAAGGCAGAAGCUGAAAGAGAUCAUUUCCGGGGUGCUUACUAUCCUGCGCUAUCUCUGCCGCUUUCUUAUGGCACCUGGCGGCAUAGAUUUGAUCUAAGGUGGGAAGAGUGCACCCAAUUAUUCUCUCUGCAGUCUUUACAACCCUGGACAGCAUUGUUUUUUCCCUGGCCGUGCAGCUCCCAAACCACACACACAGACCAUAAAUCUUCCAACAUUCAGCUUCGUCGGAGUUCGAGUGUUAAGAGAGAGGGUGAGAAACUUGCAGAUUAUCCCAUCCCUGACUUCCAUACCAGGUUCAUGAUAGUUGGAAGAGAAGUGAGGGAUUCUUGUCCCUUCGCCAGCAACUUCCCGUGCCACUGGGAUGCUUCCCCUCCACCCCCCCCCAAUAUUACCUUGCCAUGAAGUCCCAUUUCUGCAGCUCACUUGAGUUGCGGGGUGUUUCUAGUUGUUGACCCCCUUAAUCUCGACUGGCCCUAAAAGAGGCUAUUGAUUAUUGGGAGGAUAUUGUAGCUGCAUAUCUUAAUAUUCUGUCCUCUCGUUCCUCGAACCUUUAUUUAUUCUAAUGCAUUUGAUAAAAUGGAGCCUCCAGAGAGGAGUGCAAGUUAGAUGGAUAGAUGAAAUGGGAAGUGGGGCAACGAGUAAAUAAACUCAUACAUUUUCUUCCAUUGGUGUUUUAUGACAGAGGUGCUGUUAAAUGGUUUUGUUUCCUCAGGUUAUUCCAACGUGGAAUAUUUCUCCAAUCAAAAAGGCAAAUGAAAUCAAGGUACUCUGUGGGUGCUUCUAAUUAAAUAACUUGGUGGCAUUUUGUUUUCAUGCUUCAGUUUCAUGUUUUAUUUUUUUUAAAGACUUUACCGGCAGAUUUGUUACUCAUUGUUGGAAGCAGGGAGUGGGGGGGAAGGAUUGGGACUUGGGGCUCUAGCCAGCUAAGUCCCGCUUACAGUGCACACAUUGAAAUCAGUGGACUUAAUCAUACUGUUGAGUGCAAUGGAUUUACUCUUAAGUAGGGCUUAGCAGGACAGAGCCCUUGAUGAACAGGUAGAAUGGUCUCUAGGACCGUUCUUUUAUUUCUUAACUCCUCUCUCCUACAAGUCAUGAGGUCUAGAAGCUCCCUUUGUUUGUUUGUUUGUUUUAAAAAUCUGAUUUAAAAAAGUUCUUCGGAUUUUGGUGGAGCUUCCUGGUUUCCAGGUCUGAGGCCAUGCGUGCUCUGAUGCCAGCAUGGUUUUGAGCAUAGCUAACUGUGAGGGAGAAACAGAGUCACAGCGCUGUUGAUGUGUUGUUGUAAGACUAUUGUGUGAACACACCCAAAGGUAUAAGGGCCCGUUUUCAUCCUUAUCAGUAACCAUGAGCCUGCUCUGUGCUCAGCCUUCCUAGCUUUUCAUUUUUGAAAAUCUGCUGGCACCCCUAAUUUGUUCCCUAAAACUUCCCUUUGUGGGUCUUGUUUCCUCCCCCUCCUCUUUGUAUAACUUCAGUCUCUCUUUUGCAGCCCCCUCAGUUUGUGGAUAUUCCCCUCGAGGAAGAUGAUUCCUCUGAUGAAGAGUACCAGCCGGAGGAGGAAGAGGAGGAUGAGACAGCAGAGGAGGUAUGAAUAAUAAUAAUAAUAAUAAUAAUAAUAUCUCCCUUCCAUCUGACUGGGUUGCCACAGCCACUCUGGGCGGCUUCCAAUACACUAUAAAAACACAACCGUAUACAGUCAUACCUCUUGUUAUGUUUGCUUCAUGAUACGUUUUUUCAGGUUGCGUCCCGCGGCGACCCAGAAGUACUGGAAAGGGUUACUUCUGGGGUUACUUCUGGGUUUCGCCACUCGCGCAUGCGCAGACAUGCAAAAUGACGUCAUGCGCAGAAGUGGUGAAUCGCAACCUGCGCGUGCGCAGACAUGGGUUGCAUUCCUUUCAGGUUGCGAACAGGGCUCCGGAACGGAUCCUGUUUGCAACCAGAGGUACCACUGUAUAGGUAUAUUUAUAUAUGUCUGUAUGUGUCUAGUCCACAAUGUAUGCACAUUUAACUUGUGUGCAUUCAGCUUUAUGCGUGUGGCGAAAUAAAAAUUAAAAGGGGGCAGGUUUCCAGGAAAAAUAACUGGCAGUCCCACCCACCAUUGAACCCAAAGCAUUUUGACCACACUCAGUUUUGGCUUUCGGCGUGAUCCCUAGAAUGUAACCUCCACGUUAGUUGUGGACUUGCUGUAUCUGUGUAUUGGCAAACUGGACUGCAGUGCUGUUGGCUGUUACAGUCUGUUUACACUGCUAGGCUUUCAGCUGGUUGGCUGGGCCAGUGUUGCUCAGCUUAAAGAGUCCUUCAUGUCACUCAUACACUUUUGUGGCCCAUCCUAAAGCAGAAGCACUAUGGUAACACUUUAAACGGCCAUGGCUUCCCACAAAGUAUUUUGGGAGCUGCAGCUUGUUAAGGAUGCUGAGAGUCGUUAGGAGACCCCCCUAUUCCCCUCACAGACCUACAGUUCCCAGAGUGGUUUAACAAUCAAUCCCUCUUCCCAGGGAACUUUGGGCCCUAGUUAUGACUGUACAAACCCGAAUUGCAGGGGAUACUUGCAUGAUGGAAUGCUCUGGCCCAAUGCCACGCAAUAGAACAUUCCUGUAAUCAGAAUGCUGGUAUGUCAGAGAGAAGGCUAGACCCUUCUCCUGGUCAUAUGACAUCAGAGGAUCGGCGUGUGAAUGUUUGCUCAAUCGUCAAAGUGACCCACAGAGGAUUGGCUGCUUCUGGAUCUUUCCCCACCCCCAUUGGAAAUAAUUCCCUACCCCUGCCCUAGUUUUUUUGUUUUUUUAAAAAUGUGCAGAGUGGGAGCCACCCCCAAGAAAGCACUGCUGCCAGUCCUUGUUAGUGAUACGUGCAGAGACUGAGGAGUGGAGCUUUGUCUGAUGAUGCAAGCCGCCUUGGAGGGGAAUAAUACGAACCUCAUCUGUCACCUUUGGUGUCUGUUCAGUCUUUGGUGUGGUUUCCCAGUGCUAAAGGUGAACUGCAGAGAAGAGAUUUGAUCACUCCUUUCUCGUUUACUUUAUGCUCCUCACUUUUGCACAGAGCUUGAUGGAGAGUGAUGUGGAAAGCACAUCGUCAUCGCCACGGGGAGCCAAGCGGUCUCGUUCAAGGCGAUCCUCCGAUUUGAUAGAGACUGACGAGGAGGCAGCUAUGCCAGCGGAAGUAAGAAGGGCGCUAUCUCUCUCUCUCCUAGGCUGCCAUUGGGGCUAGUCCAGGGGUCAGCAACCCGCGGCUCCGGAGCCGCAUGUGGCUCUUUUACACCUUUGCUGCGGCUCCGGGGCGGAUACUAGCGAGGGGAGGAGGCGCAUUGUGCGCCCCGACACUCCCCACUGUGGCGGGCGCUGUACUGGCUGUGACGUCGCAUGGGGGCGGUGCGUGCGUUAGUCACGCACCGUCCUGAUGUCACCUUCCCGCCCGCCCGCUACAUUGUAAGGGGCAUGUACGCUGGUCACUGCAUUGAAAGGGGGCAUGUACGCUGGUCACUGUUAUGAAGGGGAGUGAAGAACACACACACAAAAAAAGGUAACUUGUUAAUUUAACGUUUAUUUCUAUGAGGAGGAGUAAUUCUGAGGGGUCAAAUAAAUAAAUAAUAAAAUAGUGACAAAAAAGUUAUUUUUAUACAGUGGUGCCUCGCAAGACGAAAUUAAUCCGUUCCGCGAGUCUCUUCGUCUUGCGGUUUUUUCGUCUUGCGAAGCACGGCUAUUAGCGGCUGUUAGCGGCUUAGCGGCUAUUAACGGCUUAGCGGCUUUAAGAAAAAGGAAACAAACUCGCAAGAACUCGCAAGACGUUUCGUCUUGCGAAGCAAGCCCAUAGGGAAAUUCGUCUUGCGAAACGACUCAAAAAACGCAAAACCCUUUUGUCUAGCGAGUUUUUCAUCUUGCGAGGCAUUCGUCUUGCGGGGCACCACUGUAAUGACGUGUUUUGCGGCUCCCAGUUUUUUUUCCUUCGGAAACGGGUCCAAGUGGCUCUUUUUGUCUUAAAGGUUGCAGACCCCUGAGCUAGUCAAUUAUCUGCAAGCAUCGCAUCUGUUGGAAGCCAGGACUUUAGCUACCUUAUUUAUGUUAUAAAAAUAUUUAGGUCUUGCUGUUCAUUGGUUUACAGCAGUCAUAUGUCAUAACUGUAGUCCAUGUGCUGAUAAACUCUGAGGCUGGAUCACUGCAAUGUGCUGCUCGUGGGACUGCCCUUGGGCUUGGUUCAGAAGCUCCAGCAGGUGCAAAAUGCAGUGGCCAGAUUGCCAACUACACGUGGCACCAUUGUUAAAGCAUCUGCACUGGCUGCCCAUCUACUACUGAGCCAGGUGCAAGGUCCUUGUAUAAUAAUACUAAUAAUAUGAAUAACACUAAUAACACUAUUAAUAAUUUAUUAGUUGUACCCCGCCCAUUUGGCUGGGUUUCCCCAGCCACUCUGGGCAGCUUCCAAUAGAAUAUUAAAAUACAAUAGUCUAUUAAACAUUAAAAGCUUCCCUAAACGGGGCUGCCUUUAGAUGUCUUCUAAAAGUCUGGUAGUUGUUUUUCCUCUUUGACAUCUGAUGGGAGGGCGUUCCACAGGGCGGGUGCCACUACCAAGAAGACGCUCUGCCUGGUUCCCUGUAACUUGGCUUCUCGUAGCGAGGGAACCACCAGAAGGCCCUUGGCACUGGACCUCAGCGUCCGGGCAGAACGAUGGGGGUGGAGAUGCUCCUUCAGGUAUACUGGACCGAGGCUGUUUAGGGCUUUAAAGGUCAGCACCAACACUUUGAAUUGUGCUCGGAAACUUAUUCAUUUACAUCUUAGCAGUGCUAUUUUUCUAGAAAAAGAGGUGCCGGAACUCUUCCUGAACACCUCCCUUGUUCCCUUAUGAUGACAAUGGCGCCCUCAUUUUCCAGCUGAAAAAAGCCUUGGGUCUAGGGUGCCUGAGGGACCCCUGGUACCCUUGUAUAUCCCAUCUCGACUGCUGAAGUCAUCUGAGCGAUGGUGAGGCUCAUUUGACAACGCCAAGUGCCAUCAGCCCAGUGUUGCAGCCAGCCUGUUUUCUCCUACGUUCUUAGGGCUUUGUUUUGUCUGUCCUUAAUGCCCCACCAGAGGGGAGGGAUGGCAUGAAAGCUGUAGAAAUCGAAUGGGAUUAAACAUGGCCCUCUUCCUUUGCUCUCUCUAACCAGGCGGAGAAAGCCUCCGCUGCCCCACUUCAGCGGCACAUCAGUGCUGAAGUCGUCCCGAUGGGCCCCCCGCCACCCCCCAAACCCAAGCAGAGUAAGGACAGCACCUUCAUGGAGAAGCUCCACGCGGUGGAUGAGGAGCUGGCCUCCAGCCCAGUGUGUAUGGACGCCUUCCAGGUAAUCUCAGGGGCUCUCAGGUUACUCCAAAGAGUUCGCUUCCUUUCUGCAACACCUUGCUUGCUUUGGUUCUUGCGGGGAGAGUAAGAGUAAGAGCGAGUUGAUCUAGUCAAAGUCCAUCCCACCCCAUCCAUUUGUGUUUCUUAUAUUCACGCGUUUGGGGUCUCUGUGGACUGGAUUGGAACACCAGGGAAAGUUUCAGGCUAGGAAAACAUUAUAGUUCAGAUGCCCUGAUCAGCUGUGAAGCUCAACUGGGUGGUGAGGUCUCUUGGCUUAGCCUGCCUCGCAGGGGCAUUGUGAAGAUGGAAUAGGGUAGAGCCUCCGAUUCUGAGUUCUCCCCAUUUUCUUUUUUCCUUUUCUUUUUUAAUCAACCAUAUUGGCCCAAAUAUAAGCCGCCCCUUUAAAAUUCAAGGGAGGAAAAAAAAAGAAAAAGACAAUGUCUGAAUAUAAGCCGCUCCCUUAAAAUUCCGCAGGUGCUCACACCCGUAAAUGGCAAAUGUAGACGAAAAUCCUUCAGCGAUAUCUUAAAAGCCAAUUUUUGUAAGAUUGCAAAUUUAAGCCUCACUUUUCACUCGGAAUUUGGAAAAAAAAAGUGUGGCUUAUAUUCGGGCCAAUGCGGUAUUUUCUUUUAAUUUUUAUGUUAAAAAAAGCUUGAUAUUUGAUGUUUAUGUCUGUAUGCUGUCUUUUCUUUAUUCUUUCAAGCUUUAAUAUAUAUAUAUAUUUUAAAAGGAAUAGGGCGGAACCUCCAUAUAUGCCUUCCCUUAUUCCUUGGAGGAAGGUGCAGAGUGUUUGUGCAAUAUAUUGAUAAUUGAAUGUGGAUUGAUGAUGUCCUGGUAGUUCCUCUUUCCUACCCAGUCAGUCUUCCUAUUUAUUCUAUUGAAUUUAUCUUCUGUGUCCCCUCUAAGGAGUUCAAGAUGCUCCUUUAGUUCUCAUAACACCCCCGCAAGGUAGGUUUAUGCCGAGACCAUGACGGGCCUUAGUGGGCUUGCAUGGCUGUGGGGAGGAUUUGAACCUGAGUCUUUCCCCCUCCUGUCACCUGAGAUUCCGGCCUCUUCACCGCAAAGGCUCUUCUCUGCCCCAUGAUGCUGGAGAAUCUGCCAGAGCCGCUCCGAGCCCUUCCUCCUUUCCUCCAUUUCCUCUCCAGCCUCUGGAGGACAGCUUGAUCGCCUUGCGCACCCGGUCGAAGAGGCCCCUGAAGGACGUGCCCCUCGGCCAGUUGGAAGCUGAGCUCCGUGCCCCAGACAUCACCCCGGACAUGUACGACCCCAACACGGCAGACGACGAGGAGUGGAAGAGGUGGCUGGGUGGCCUCAUGAACGACGAUGUGGGAAAUGAAGGCAUGUCUCAUUUACUUGGGGUGUGAGUGGGUGGGUCACUAGAUUUGACCUGUGUUUUUGUGGGAGGAGCAGUAUCUUGAAAAUACCGUAUUUUUCCGUGUAUAAGACUAGGUUUUCCCCCUUAAAAAUAAUGUCAAAGAUUAGGGAGCGUCUUAUACACAGAUACAUCUCCCCCUCCCAUUUUCUUAAAUCUGAGUCCUCAGAAAUAGUGGGUGUCUUAUACAUGGGGGCAAGGGACGUGGGUGGCGCUGUGGGUUAAACCACAGAGCCUAGGACUUGCUGAUCAGAAGGUCGGCGGUUUGAAUCCCCGCGACGGGGUGAGCUCCCGUUGCUUGGUCCCUGCUCCUGCCAACCUAGCAGUUCAAAAGCAUGUCAGAGUGUAAGUAGAUAAAUACGUACCGCUCCAGCGGGAAGGUAAACGGUGUUUCUGUGCACUACUCUGGUUCACCAGAAGUGGCUUAUUCAUGCUGGCCACAUGACCCGGAAAAACUGUUUGCAGACAAACGUCAGCUCCCUCAGCCAGUAAAGCGAGAUGAGCACCACAACCUGAGUCGGCCAUGACUGGACCUAAUGGUCAGGGGUCCCUUUACCUUUUAUACAUGGGGGCGUCUUAUAGAUGCAAAAAUUUGGUAUUUCACAGAAUCGUAGGGUUGGAAGGGACCCCAAGGGUGAUCUCCUCCAUCCCCCUGCAAUGCAGUCAUGGUCGUUCUGUUUCCUGGAAGCAAAGGCUCCUCCUCCUCUUGGCUAAGAAGCAUUUUCUCUUCCAGAUGAGGCUGACGACGACGAUGACCCCGAGUACAACUUCCUGGAGGAUCUUGACGAGCCAGACACGGAGGACUUCAGGAACGACCGUGCCGUGAGGAUCACGAGUACGUUCUCUGCCUACUUUUGGUCUGGCUGUUUCAUCGCUGCCUGUGUUCGAAUUCGUUGGGGAAGGGGCCAUAGAGCAUCUGCUUUGCACGCAGAAGGUCCCAGGUUCAGUCCCCAGAAUGUCCAGAUAGGGCUGGGAAGAGAAGCCCGUCUGAAAUCCUGGAGAGCAGCUGCCCAUCUCUGUGGAGUCAGUACAGAGCUAGAUGGUCUCGCUCAGUAUAAGGCAGCAUUCCUGUGUUGAGUCCAUCAUACUGGAGACCCAGGUGGUGGUUGUUAUCGGUGCACCUUUUCUCCAGAAGCUUGAGGCAUGCCGUAUUUGAAAAGCCAACCAAUUUCUUCGUAACGAGGUGGUGGCUUCCUGCGCUUUGCUAAUUGUGUUAAGGCGUUUAAGAAAUAGUAGGGUAUGGUGCUGAUUCGCAGGCUGAAUCCCUCUUGUUUUGUAUCUUGCAGAGAAAGAAGUUAAUGAGCUGAUGGAGGAGCUGUUUGAGACGGUAAGGCUCUCAGCUGCCCUUGUAUAAAAAUUCCUAGCCCUUCGAGAAACUUGCUAACGCAAAAAUUAAAAAAAGAGGAAGUACAGUCGACUCACAACUUAAUUCGCUCGAUGGCAGUUUUUUGCGCCCGGCGGCUGCACAAAUUAAAACACAUGCAAAGCAGAGCGUUCAAAAGCUGCUUCUGUGCUUUCCUUGCUGUGGAAAGAGAUUUUAAGCUCUCCUCCUCUGCUUACUGAGCUCUGGGAAGGUGUGUGAGAACCUCCCAGAGCCCAGUAAGCAAAGCAAAGAGCUUAAAAGCUCUCCACCUUGCAUUGAGGGCAAGGCCUGCUAGGUGUGCUGGCUUUGGAAAGGUAGGGAUGGUUGUACGUGGACAAUUCUGGGGUUCUGAUUAUAUGCAAUUGAUGCGCAACUCCAGAAAACAUAACUGCUGCGCAAGCUGCAAGUCAUUACCUCUUAAAUCUAAGGAAGAUGGGCUGAAUUUUCAGUGGCGCUCUUGCAGUGGGUGCCCUUCUGUGCCAGCUGAGGCUGUUAAUCCUGAGUCUUGGUUGAUUUCUCCAAGCCCUUUCUGCCCCUGGCUGUGCCACUGACUUGGGCUGUGUGUUUCUGCUUCAGUUUCAGGAUGAGAUGGGCUUCUCCAACGUAGAGGAUGAAGGGCCAGAGGACGAGGACAGUGCUGCGGAGGCCCGGCCAAAUUUUAACACUCCGCAGGUACUCAGGUAGGAUGGGCCGUUCUCGCCCUGCCCCAAGCCAUUUUGUUCCCCCUCUGUUGGGGGGAAGGUCAUAGCUCAGGGAGAGAGAGCCUUCACUUUGCAUGCGGAAGGUCCCAGGUUCACUCCCAGGCAUCUCCAGGUAGGAGAGGGGAGGCCCCCUUCCUGAACCGCUGGAGAGCUGCUGCCAGUCAGUGUUGACAGUAGGAAGAUGGACCAGGGGGCUGGGAAGAUUUCUGAGAACCAGACACAGCCACUUUCAGCACCCCAGGCCUGAGGUUCUCCAUCCCUGACUUAGCUGGACACAUCCGGCAAAACAGGGAGGAAGUGUGGGAUAAAAAUCAGUUGGCCGAUAAUUUACUUGCAUGAACUUUUCAGGAACAGUAGAAGUGGCUGGCUAUGUGUGGUGGUUUGCGGGAAGGCGGUGGAGGGCUGGUAAGGAUUCUGCCACGCAGUUCACCUUCUUGGUUGCUUCUCAGCCCAGGGAGAGGAGUGGAAAGGAGCUGCUGCAGCUGCCCACUUCUCCCCAUUCAUCUUGCAAAUGGGGCCUGGUGUUCAUCUCCACCAAGGUGGCCGUGGGCAAGCCUCUUUGUCUAUGGGGCAGGUUGGCUCAAAGGAAAGCUGACUCUGUUUGGGAAGGGAGGCAAAGGAACCGCUGGGCCUCCGCCAUCCUUUCUAGGUUGAGCAGUACUGGAAGGGGGCGGCAAGACCAGCUCUGCCCAGCUACAGUCUGAUAACCAGAGCUGGAACGUGUGUGUGGAAGAAAAAGAAAGGAAGGAAGGAAGGAAGGAAGGAAGGAAGGAAAGAGGCUCCUUGCUUCUCCUGCAUCAGACAUUAUCCUGAUUUCGGGAAAGGCCAUCUCCCCAUGCUAGAGCCUCUGUCAGUCAGUGUGGACUGACUUGGUGCAUCUCCUCAUGGGCUUGUCCUUUGAACUUCCUAAGCUGCCUCUUGCUCCUGUGUGGCUCAUAGAGCACAUGAGAGGCACGUGGUGGCUUGCAGGUCCCUGUUUCAUGUUGCCUUUGGCAAGCAUCUCUCUCUCAGCCUCACCCCCCUCCAGCUUUCAUCUGCAAUGUGGAGAAGAUGAGAGUGACCUACUGCACAAGGGCACUGUGCCAGGUCCCACUAUGUCUUCUUCCCCAUGGCCUGUGCUGCGUCCCUUAAAAGCAAGCUUUGAUGGUUCUUGCUUGGUUCUUCCGGGGACUUGGGACUGUCUGGGGAACCUGAGUGCUGGAUGAUUUAGGACAGACGAAAUGAAGGACCUCUUAACACUGUGAAUAGCUAUGGAGUCCCCGCCCCCCCUCAGGAGGCAGCAGCAGCCACCAACUUAAAUGGCGUGAAAAGAGGAUAAAGCUAUCAGUGACUACUAGCCACAGUGGCUGUGUUCUACCUCAGAGGCUGUACACCUCUGAACACCAGUUGCUGGGACUCAAAAGUGGAGAGAGUGAUGGGCUUGGUUUGUGCUUGUGGGCGUUUCUUUCUUUCUUAGAGUGCUGGACUAGAUGGGCCUUUUGCCCAAGUGGUGUGCGGUCAGUAGACUAGGGGGACUAGACUAGGCCCCUAAAUGUUCCCCUGGCGUCUCUUUCCCAAACCCUGGAAGCUUCUGCCCAGCUUAGGGAGGUGCGAUGCUCAUGUGCGCAACGUCCGUCCCCCCCCCCCCAAUUGCUCUCACCAGCUGUCGCCUCUGGCCCUAAAUGUUCCCCUACAGAAAAUAAUUCACUGCAUGCCACUGCUUUUUGGGCUGAUCCAACAGGGUUCCUCUGAUGAGUAAGAGUGAGGGAGGGUUCUUGCAUUCAUGCCAUUCUGCUGGGCUCCCUGGAGGAAUCUGAUUGGCCAGUGUGAGAAGCAGGAUGCUGGACUAGGUGGGUCAUUGGCCUGAGCUAGCAGCCAGGCUCUUCUGAUUUUUGUGAGCAAAUGUGACCUUGAUUUGGACAAGAACGGCCUAGUCCAGCCAAGUCCACAAACAGGGAUCUCCUUUCCUGCAGUUUCCAGCAACCCAUGUUCAGAAGCAUGAUUGCCUCUGACAGUGGAUGCUGAGCCACCACAGCUCGGUGACCGAAGCUGAGAUUGGUAGAAUACUUACCUGGGUCUUCAGAGCCAUCCUUUGACCCUGUGCAGGUUUGAGGAGCCCCUGGCCAACUUGCUGAACGAGCAGCACCGGACGGUCAAGGAGCAGCUGGAGCAGCUGCGCAUGAAGAAGUCGGCCGCCAAGCUGCCCCAGGAAGCAGAGAGGCUGAAGCUCCGUGAGAAGCCGGUCCAAACCCUCGUGCUGGACGCUGGGCAGAAGAAGAGGCUGCAGCAGCAGAUGCAACAGGUAUUGUUUGGAAGCAAAAACAGCACCACGCCAGACGAGGAAGGGCUUUCUCUGCUGUCUCACAUUUGCUUUCUGCUUUUGUGCUGAUUUCUCUCCCUUCUCUCUUUUUUAUUGAUUUUACAUUCAUAUCCCGUCCUUGGAGUGGCUUGCUAAAAUCAGUUCCUGUUCUGCCACAGCCCUUGACCUCGCAGUCUGAAAAAAACCCCAGCGUUUCCCAAACUUGGGCCUCCAGCUGUUUUUGGACUUCAACUCCCAUCGUCCCUAGCUAGCAGGGAUGAUGGGAACUGUAGUCCAAAAGCAGCCGGAGACCCAUGUUUUGGGAAGCACUGGUCUAAAAAGUCAUGGCCCAUGAAGAAAAAGGGUUGGGGAGGGAAAGUCCACCUCCUGUCCCCCACUGUCCCCUUGGUCAUGAGAUGGUGAGGAGGUUCCAUCCUUUCCAAAAGGCUCAUAGAGCUGAAGGUGGAAGUGCGAAGGAGCGGCAGCCUUUCACACUUCCUCCUUCAGCUCAGUGUGCUUUCCAAGGCUCAGAUUCUGACCUUUACCCGGAUCCUUUGGGAAAGCGGAGCUUGUGUCUGCAUGCGCUACUUCUAUUGUGGGAACAGGGUGGGGUGGGGUGCCUGCAGUGCUUGCCCCAAAAUCCAGAUGGGGUGUGUGUGUCUGCAGAGGUCGCCGGCCUCCUGACCUGUGGCUAUAGCAGCCAUUUCUGGUGGGCAGCAACUCGGAUUCCUGCAUUGCAGUGGGUUGGAUUCUCGGGGCCCCUUCCAACUCUUCAACUCUGAUUCUUUUCCCUUUGCUCUCAGCAUGUGCAGCUCUUGACCCAGGCCUACCUUCUCAGCAGCUGCAACCCCAGCCUGAGCUCGGAGGCUAGCACCACACGGCUCUUUCUGGUAAGGAGUUUGGCUCAGCUUCACCCCGGCAGUCCUUUCUGCUGCCCCACGUGGGACUGAGGCCGUGCCUUCUCUCAUCUGUGCGUUGUUCUGGUUGGGUUUGGGGCUUGUGUUGCAGAAUAGCCAGAAUGUUAUUAAAUCAGAGGUGCCUUUCGCACUUCAAUGGGGCUGGGUUUCCACAGCUUAGGGGCUUCCACAGAGAAUGCCCUCUCCCAGACUGCUGCUCUCCCCCAUCCACCACCUGAGUUGGCCAUAAGGACUAGCAGCUUAGGUUUUAAUUUUGUUUCUUUUAAACCUGAAGGCUAACUGGUGGUCUAGUAUCCCACUGGGCUUUGGAUGAAUCUAAAGUACUUUGCAGCAUGCAGCUCAGAUAUAAUAAAAGGCAAUCUGACUGAGAUGGUAUUUUGAAGUGUUUUGGGUUUGUGGGGCAACUGCAGCCGCAAAGGUUUUCCCUACCUCAUUUCGUUCGUCUCAGCUUUGAUUCCCUGGCAUCUCCACCAUGCAAGCGCUAAUAAGGUUUAGGGUGAGAGAGAGCCGGCCUUACAAUGAAGCAGCCAGGCAGCAGAAGCUGAGUUGUGUGUGGUGGGGAGCGAACAGCUAUGGGUGCCCUACACUAGCCCCUUGAGCGCAGUGAAAGAAGCAGUCCUUUCACCUGUAUUGAAGUAACAUUCAGCUACCAGUCUAGCUGGCUUCUGUCUAGGCCUCAUGGGAGGAGGGUGCCGCCUUGUCCUUCGUCUCAGGCAGCAAAAUGUCUAGAGCUGGCCCUGCGCCCUGUCCAUCCCUGCAGCUUGGAAGCAGCCUCAGUGAAGGCAAAUAAUAAUAAUAAUAAUAAUAAUAAUUUUUUAUUUUUACCCCGCCCUCUCCGGCCAGAGCCGGGCACAGGGUGGCUAACACCAGUAAAAUUACAAUAAAAACAUAAUAGGGGGGGGAAAAGAGGGGGAAAAAACAAUUUAAAAUACGGGUUAAAAAACAGUUUAAAAUGCAGCCUCAUUUUAAUAGUAUCCCAUAGAUCAAAACCAUAAGGGGAGGGAAAUAUAAAGGUCAGACUGAGUCCAAACCAAAAGCCAGGCAGAACAGCUCUGUCUUGCAGGCCCUGCAGAAAGAUGUCAAGUCCCGCGGGGCCCUAGUCUCUUGUGACAGAGCGUUCCACCAAGUCGGGGCCAGUACUGAAAAGGCCCUGGCCCUAGUUGAGACCAAUCUAACCACCUUGCGACUUGUCACCUCCAAAGUGUUGUCAUUUAUGGACCUUAAGGUCCUCUGCGGGGCAUAAAACCCUCUGUAGGAGUAAGGCAUGGCAGGCAGGGGGCGCCAUUUUCUGGUUUGCCUCAGGCGGCAAAACGUCUUGGUCUGGCCCUGGGCUGAGAAGCCAUUGUGCCCCUUCACCCCCGGUUGCCUGCCGUUUCUUCCCUCUUCUCUUCUCGUUCCAUAGACCGAGCUGGAUACUUUCGCUCAGAGCUCCGCCAUCCUCCGCCAGCCCUUGGGGCCCAAAUUCCAGACCACGUUUCAGCCGUGCAAUUUGAAGGAUGCCUUGCAGCUCAUCAAGGACUUCGACUCGCAUGUUAAGAUUGAAUGGAGCCCCCGCAAAGCAGUUAAGAAGAAUGGUGUGUAACAGGGACCCUUGCGCAGAGCUUCUGGAGUCAACAUUUAAUUGUCUAUUUGAGGCAUUUAGGUCUCGCCUUUCCUCUAAGGAGCUCAUGGUGUUUUACCCUCACAACAACCCUGUGAAGGGGGUUAGGCUGAGAGAUGGCGCUCGGCCCAAGGUCCCCCAGCGAGCUUCAUGACUGAGUGGGGAUUUGAACCCUGGUCUCACGGGUUCAUACUUUGGAACUCCCUGCCGAUUGACAUAAAGGCAUGCGCCUUCACUAUUUCCGGUGCCUGCUAAGAAACACGUUUGUUUAGGCAAUCCAGACAUACAGAAGCUGAUAGGUGUUUUAAUCCGUUUUUAGAUUAACUUUGUUUUAAUUGCAUUUUGAUUUUUUUUUAAAGAAUACCUGUUUCUAACAGAUGUUUAACUGGUUUUCAAGCACAUUCAGUGCAUCAUUUGAAAAACGAGACUUUAGAGCUGUCUUGUCUCAAGGUGGCAACUAGACAUUCUCUUUUGGCGUCUGUGACCUUGGUUUAAGGAGACAUUCGGCACCUUGCUUUUAUAUUUGAGUUUCUAACACUGCAGAUGGUCCCUUGGGUGGGGCUUGACUUCAGCAAGUGGCACUGUGUAUCUUCAGCUCAUCCUUCUGAUUGCUGCCUCUCCUCUCCUCUCCCCUCUUGCUCCUUCCUUCCUGACGCUUCUUCCUACAGUGAGCGACUUUGUUUGCCUGCCAAAGCAGGUUGCAUGGAUUUUGGCCACACGGAGGGUCUUCAUGUACCCAGAGUUGCUGCCCACCUGCUCCUUAAAGGCCAAGUUGCCCCGGGACAAGAUUAUCUUCACGAAAGGGGAAGACAAGUAGGUGCUUAGAUCCAUGUAUGCAACCCUUGGGGCGAGUGGUUGUGGCAGCUUGGAGGGAGGGAAGACCUCCUAGGAAUCGGAAGAUCCGCCUUUAUUCCAGGCUCUGCCACCAGCGUGGUCUUCGUAUGUUCUUGGGACUCCUGAAACUCCCAGCCAGCAUGGCCAAUGAUCAGGGGUGAUGGGAGCUGCAACCCCCAUCUAGAGUCGGGUGGUUCAACACACGGCCUGACUAGCUUUCCCCUCUGUCUUCUCUCCCCCAUCUCCGCCAGUUUGUUAGCCUUGGGACUGAAGCAUUUCGAAGGGACGGAGUUCCCCAAACCUCUGAUCAGCAGGUACCUCCUAAUGACCAAGACAGCCCGCCAGCUGACAGUGCGGAUCAAGAACCUCAAUAUGAACCGGGUCCCCGACAACAUCCUCAAAGUGAGUGGGGCGCCAGGUGGCUUACUCUCUCAGCUUAAACUGAAAGGGUUGGGGUGCGGGUAUGAGUUCUCGGCCCCAACCUUACUUGGGCUAUCAAGGAGUAGGCGUAGCUGGAGCCAGGGGGGCAGGGAAGGAAGGCUAGCCCAGGGUUUUCCCAAACUUGGGUCUCUACAGCUGUUUUUGGACUACAACUCCCAUCACCCCUAGCUAGCAGGACCAGUGGUCAGGGAUGAUGGGAAUUGUAGUCCUAAAACAGGUGUAGUUUGGGAAAAUACAUUAUUGUAUUUUAAUAUUUUGUUGGAAGCCGCCCAGAGUGGCCGGGGAAACCCAGCCAGAUGGGCAGGGAAUGAAUGAAUGAAUGAAUGAAUGAAUAAUUAUUGUUAGAGCUGAACUCCUUCCUUUCCUUUGCACCCUGCCCCAGUGGAAGUAAAGGCUGUGGCCCUCCAGAUGUUGCUGGACUACAACUCCCAUCAUCUCUGACCGUUGACUAGGACUGAUGGAGUCCAGCAACACCUGGAGGGCCACGGACUCCCCAUCCUUGCUUCACAGCUCUGUAGGUGCAUUGAAUAUGUGAUCCCUGAUAGGUUGGAAUAUGAUUGGCGUAAGACAGGGGUGGGGAGCCUGCAGCCCUCCAGGUGUUGCUGGACUUCCAUGGUCCCUGACCCUUUGGCCAUGUUGGCUGGGGCUGAUGGGAGCUGGAGUCCAGCACCAUCUGGAGAGCCUAACAGGUUCUUCACCCCAGGAUCAGAGAGAGCCAUACUGGUGCAGGGAGUCCAGAACUUGCCUUUUUUCUCUCUCUCUUCGAUUCUCAGCACUAUAAGACGACGAAGCAAUUGCCUAGCCUGCCGAAGCUUUGUGACGAGAUCCAGCCUGGGGAAUGGAAACCCCCCGUGGAACAAGAGGAGCAUCGUUUGCCCUUCUGGUUGAAGGUAUUUCCUCUUUUGAGGUCGGGGACGAAGCUCAGUGGCAGAGCAUCAGGAAGUUGUUAGGUGUUUUGGAUGCUUUUGCUGAGAUUCCUGCAUUGCAGGGGGUUGGACUAGAUGACCAUUGGGUUCCUUCCAACUCUUAAGAUUCUAUUAUUCUAAGUCCUAGGUUCAGCCCCUCUCUGAGUAUGGGCUGGGAAAGACAAUCAGUGUCGACCAAAGAUGGGGAAGCUAUGGCCCUCUAGAGGUUGCUGGGCUCUACCUCCCAUCAUCCCUGACUACAGUGGUACCUCGGGUUACAUACGCUUCAGGUUACAUGUGCUUCAGGUUACAGACUCCGCUAACCCAGAAAUAGUGCUUCAGGUUGAGAACGGAAAUCGUGCUCCGGCAGCGCGGCAGCAGCAGGAGGCCCCAUUAGCUAAAGUGGUGCUUCAGGUUAAGAACAGUUUCAGGUUAGGUACGGACCUCUGGAACGAAUUAAGUACUUAACCCGAGGUACCACUGUAUUGGCCACACUGGCUGGGACGGAUGGGAGUUGAAGUCCCCUAGCAUUUGGAAGGAAACAGCUUCCACAUCCCUGAGCAAUGGUGAAGACAGUACUGAACAAGACACAGUAUAAGGCGGCUUCUGUAGGGAUUGAACAACGUAACUUUUGGUCCUGACCCCUUUCUUAGCCCAGACCCUCCAUAUUCACUGCCGAUCCACGUAAGGACAGUUCCACGCCAAAUGGAGCAAUGGUUUGAUUUGGUGUAAGGCAUUUUCCUUAUGUUCCUGUUCAAUCCAGCCUUUUAUACAGCACCAUGAGGACUGGAAGCUUACUUUAUUUCCAGGGGAAGGACCGUAGCUCAGUGGCCAAGCACGUGCAUUGCAUAUAUAGAAUCACAGAACUGUAGAGUUGAAAGGGACCCGAGUGUCAUCUACUUUAAUGCAGGAAUCUCAUCUAGAUAAUACAAGACAGAUGGCCAUCCAACCUCUGCUUAAAAACCUCCAAGGAAGGAGAAUCCACCACCUUCCAAGGCAGUCUGUUUCACAGCUCUUGACGUCAGAAAGUUAUUUCUGCUGUUUUGUUGGAAUCUCCUUUCUUGUAACUUGAAGCCAUUGGUUCGAGUCCUACCCUCCAGAGCAGGAGUAAACAAGCUUGCUCCCUCUUCCAUGGGGCAGCCCUUAAGAUAUUUGAAGAAAGCUAUCCUACCUCCUCUCAGGCUCCUCUUUCCCAAGCUAAACACACCCAGCUCCCUCAACCGUUCCUCCUAAGGCCUGGUUUCCAGACCCCUGAUCAUCUUGCAGACAGUCUGAGAUUCAAUCCCCGGCGUCUCCACGUAAGGCUGGGAAACGUGUCCAUGCCAAAAGUCCCGGAGAGCCACUGCUAAUCAGGGUAGACAUAUACUUCCCUGUAUAUACUAAUAGGCUGGGCUCAGGAUGAGACCUGGGGCCCCACGAUGCAUAAUUCACCCCUUGGAACUCACUGCCACAAGAAGUGGUGAAGACCACAGUAAUAGAGCUGAGCUACGUGGGCCCAGUGGUCUGACUUGGUGUAAGGCAGCUUCUUGUAAUCCCUCACCUGCUCUUGAGGUUCAGAAAAGCCCUCCUCCAUCACCUCGCUAAUCUCUCUGCUUUAGGCAUACUGUAUUUUUCGCUCUAUAGGACACACUUUUUCCCCUCCAAAAAUGAUGGGGAAAUGUGUGUGCGUCCUAUGGAGCGAAUGCAGGCUCCUUGGCUUGAGCGAUAGCAACGCGAAGCCUCCGAAGCGCAGAGGGAGAGCUCCCCCCGCGCUCUGGAGGCUUCGCGUUGCUUUCGCUGAAGCCGCCUGAAGCCCCCGGAGCGCAGCGCGAAGUCCCACUGCGCUCCGGGGGCUUCAGGCAGCUAUCUGCAAGCCUUCGGAGCACAAGUUCCCGCUGCGCUUCACGCAGAAGUUCCCGCUGCGCUCCGAAGGCUUGCGGAUAGCCGCCUGGAGAGCGAGAGGGGUCAGUGCACACCGAUCCCUCUUGCUCUCUAGGCUUCGCUUCACUGGAGAGGCACUGCACAGUUUUCCCUCUCUGCGCAGCGCCCCUUCAGCGAAGUGGGAGGAGAAAUGGAAGGGGCUGAGCAGAGAGGGGGAGAACUUUAUUUUCCUGUUCUCCCCCUCCUGUGGUCCGGUGUGUCCUAUAGAGCGAAAAAUACGGUAAUUUUGUUUUGGCUCUUCCCCCUUCCCUGCCCCUUUCAUGUUGUUUCUUCCUCCAGGCCAGCUUGCCAUCCAUCCAGGAGGCACUGGAGCAAAGUGCUGGAGCUGUGUCCAGCUUCCCUGGCUCCGAUCAUGACCUGGGUAAAGCGGGGAGGGAUCCUGCGGAGACAGCGAGGGAUGAGAAAUACCCCCUGCGCAUGCCCGAGGGUUUGCAGCUGAUCCUGAGGCCCCUCACCAGCCGCAUCUGCCGGAAGGCCUGGAGGCGGCAGAGACAGGCCGCCGCCAAGCCCCUCCCUGUCCGGCCGGGCCUUUGCCUGCUCCCCGCCGGCACCAACCACUACCUGAAGGUGGGCGCCCGGCAGCCUCAGCCAGAAGCCCCUCCCAGCAAGCCUCCCGGGCGCGUCCCCCGCCUGAUUCAGCCUGCCCCGCUGGUGCAGCCCUUGCCAGGGGGGAUUCAGCACUUGAGCCUUCUGCCGGCCACAGGGAGCAGUGCCAGCUUUGACCUCCAGGGGGUGCUCUCCGCUCCGCCCCAGUCCGGCUCCAGGGCCUGCUUGGCUGCCGCUCUGCCCCAGAACUUGGUCUCCUCCCUGCCGGUCGCCUUCCAGACCAAGAUGAUCCCGCCGGCGCUGCCUGCGACGAAGGUCCGAAAGCCUAGCACCCCCAGGGGCUACCAGAAGAAGAAGAGCCCCAAAGCCACUCCCCUGUUCAAGCCCUCUCCCCUCUUGCACCCGGCCCCGGUCAUCUUCACCGUCCCUGCCGGUGCUGUGAAAGUGGUCGGCAUCGCCAACGGCUGCAAUGUCCUGCACCCGUUGGCCUCGAGCGCCGCAGGCAGCGCUGCUCAGCCCAUCCCCAUCACCACCUUGCUGGUCAACCCCAACCCUUUCCCGUGCCCGCUAAGCCAGCCGCUAGCAACCCCUCCCGCACCAUCGCUGGUGGUGACGACAAAUGCCACCGGCUCCCCUGUCCCCACGUCCGCCAAGGAUUCCGUGUUCGUGAGCCCGCCUGCCGGCGGAAUCGCAUCCCCGGAGCCGCAAGAGACGUCGCCGUUGGUCUCCGCCAGUGAAGACAGCGGCCGGUGGUCGUCCGAUCCUGACCUUGGGGUCCAAGGAGAGACUCCCGUCGAAGGGUUCGGGGAACCGAGUGAAGGGAAGUCUGCUGAUCUGGGGACCCCAGGGCCCUUUUCUUUGCCCGAGAUGGGGGAGACCGUGAAGGUUGAAACAGAGAAACCCAGAGACCUCCCUCCAGUAGCUUCCCCCGUUCCGGAGGAGCUGAGCUCCGCUGGCAGCCCGGUCAGAGAGGAGCUGGUAUUGGAACUGGGGCAGGAGCUGGAUGUGGAGCCAACACCGGAGGGCACCGCUGAGCAGAAGGAAGCUCACAGCAAGCCGGGCUCCGGCCAGAACGAGGAGAGAGGCCAAGGCGACAGCCUGCAGAGCGCAGCUGGCGUGGCGGAAAACAGCAGCAGCGGUUCUCCCGAAAAAGCCUGCAGCUCUGCUGCCGGAGGGUCUGAUUCUGGCGCAGCCUUGGAGAAGGAUCUGUCCACCGCAGGCAGCCGUGCCGUUGGGGGGAUUCCCGCCAGGCAGGAGGCACCAGCAGGCGAGAAAGAGGGGCCGGAGGAGGAGGAGGAAGAGGACUUUGAUGAUUUCACUCAGGAUGAGGAAGAUGAGGAAAUGUCGUCCGCCUCGGAGGAGUCGGUCCUCUCCGUACCAGAGCUGCAGGUAGAGCUGUUUUGUCCAAGGGGGGCGGGGGGACAAAACAAAAAAAAUGUGGGGAGAGACAUGUUUUCUGUGGAGGCACCAAGGCCCAAGAGAAGAGGAAAUGGCCCCAGGCCUGCUUUCCUUUCCAUGGGGCUCCCUGCGAAGAGAGAGCGGAUGGGGUAUGGCCUCUGCUCGGAUGCCCUAUUCCACCUAUGGAGAAGCAUAGAAUCUGCUGUGUGAUGUGGAUUUCAGUGUAUCUGGAGUCUAGAUUUUCAUUUUUCUAGUAUUUGUGUGAAAUAAGCAGAGGUACACAUGAAUGUACCAACCUUCUAGUUCUUAUGGUUGUGGGAUAUACAUUUCGCUGUUCCUUUCCCCUCCUUUCUCUUUCCCCAAACCAUUAGAACAGGGGUAGGGAACCCUUUUCAGCUCGCGGGCUGCAUUCUCUUCUGGGCAGCCUUUUGAGGGCCGCAGGUCAUUGGUGGGUGGGGCACAUGCAAAAGCAGAAAGGGCAGGGAAUGUAGAAUUUGAAAUUAUUUCUCUCUAUAUGUGUUGUUUUAUUGUCAAAUGGAUUUGGGGUGUUCUGUGGGAAGCAAUUAGGAAAUGAUAGAAAAUAAAAUGAAGAUACAUUUGCCAUCCUAUUCUUGCAUGGGUUUCGCAGAGUAGUCUGAGUGGUGAGUCUCACACAUUGGGCUGGCAGGGCAGAAGGAAGGGAGCCCAACAGUAGGUGGCGCCAGAGGCAAUCGGAGACAGAGCAGGGCCAAUGGAUGGGUGGAGGUAUCCUCUAGUGGUGGCUGGUGCCAGCUGGGGCUAGUGGGGUGGAAGGCAGGGAGCCCAACAGUAGGUGGCGCCAGCGACAGGCGAAGCUGACUGAUACUAGUUUUGUUCCUCCUAGCUGAAUUCUACAAGGGCAGUGCUAAGGGGAGGAGGCUGACAGCCAGUGCCUCCCCCUAGAUUGGCUGUAAGUAAGGAGGUAGGGGCUGGCUAAGAGCAGGUUGAACCUGGUGAGCAGUAAGGAGCUGCCUCUAGCCGCCUGGCAAGCUUCUUCUUCGCUAGGAGUCACUGCCUGCCCCAGCUGAGUUCCAGCUUCAUAGCUAGAAUGGACUGUGAUAGGAAUUUUAUGGUCUUAGACAUAUGGUAAUGUUCAUAAGUGUACCAACCAAGCACAUACAUAGAUCAGUACAGGAAGACCGACCUGGAACCAUUUUGAUUCCCAAACUGUCCCAAACUGACCAAAUGUUUUCUCUGCAAGGUCAAAGGAAAAUGGAAAAGCCUCCCCAUUGUCUUUUCCUUCACAAAUCCUGUCUUAAGGGUAUGUCUGUGUUUGAAUAGGGUGUGAGCCUGUGACCUGGCCCAGGAACUAAGUAUUUAUCAUUUCAAAAGACUGGCCAGGCUACCCAGGAAAUCCAAUCAAGUAACCUGCCAGACAGGAGAUAAACAAGGACAGGAGAAAAAAAUUCUGUUUAGACCGCCGUUUCUGUGAUGUAGGUAUGAUGUAUCUGAGGGGUGGUCUUAGGUUACACCCCUUCUGUGAUGUAUGUAUGAUGUUUCUGGGGGGUCUUGAUCUACAGGAUGGGAAUUUCAAAAGUCUUUAUAAGGCCUUGCGCGCCAUUUUUCUAGGUUCCUCCUCUCUCCUGCGGGUGAGGGGAGCACCCUGUUGCAACAGAUCAAUAAAGAUCAAGCUUACUAGCUGCUUUGCUUCUCAAUAUUCUCUUGGUUGGCCUCUGUUAUUCUCUCCUACCAAUAGGGAACCUAUGUAAGGACUCUAUAUGGGCUCUUGGAUACCCUAUAAGGGAAAAGGGCAAUUUUUUGUUUACAACAGGACCAUGCUGCUUCUUCCACAGGGUGGGGCAGAUGAGGCGGGAAUUAUGAGAGCUGACAAGAUGCUUUGGUCCUUGUGCGCUACAGGAGACGAUGGAGAAGUUGACGUGGCUGGCCUCUGAGAGGCGCCUGAGCCAGGAGGGCGAAUCCGAGGAGGAGAAUUCGCAGGAGGAGAACUCUGAGCCGGAGGAGGAGGAGGAAGAAGAGGAAGAGGAAGGCGAAGGCGAAGGCGAAGGGGAGAACUUGGAAAACUUGCAGAAAGAGGACGAAAUGGCCGACGAGGUCGCAGACCCCAGAGAUGGGCCGGCAGAGUCUCUCGCCCUCACUUGCGCUGCCCCGGAGGUGGAGCCCAGCAGGGACGCCCCAGGUGAGUCGCAGGCGGCAGAAUUGGGGAGAGGACCUGGCCCCGUCUCCUUGGGACACCUAGGAGCAGAGCAGGUUGGCUUCUGCCAAGGCAAACCAUUGGUCCAUCUAGCUCAGUGUUGUCUACACUGACUGGCAGUGGCUCUCCAGGGUUUCAGGCAGAGAGUCUCUCCCAGCCCUACCUGGAGAUGCCAUUGGGGACCGAUCCUGGGAAUGUUCUGCAUGCAAAGCAGAUACUCUACAGUUGAGCUAUGGCCCUGUCCCAAUACAAGUUGAAAAGUGUGUGUGUUGAAAAGAAAGAAAGAGUCAUAAAUAAAUCCCCCUUGGCCUGGAUCUCUUAGAGGGAAUCAGGACUGAGGGAUUUUAAUAAUAAUAAUAAUAAUAAUAAUAAUAAUAAUAAUACAGUGGUACCUCGAGUUAAGUACUUAAUUCGUUCUGGAGGUGUGUUCUUAACCUGAAACUGUUCUUAACCUGAAGCACCACUUUAGCUAAUGGGGCCUCGUGCUGCCGCCACGCCGCCGGAGCACGAUUUCUGUUCUCAUCCUGAAGCAAAGUUCUUAACCUGAAGCACUAUUUCUGGGUUAGCGGAGUCUGUAACCUGAAGCGUAUGUAACCUGAAGCGUAUCUACCCCGAAGUACCACUGUAAUAGUUGUUAUUAUCAGUAUCAUUAUUUUGCCUUGCAUCCUAAGGUCUCAGAGCAGGUUACAGCAUUAAAGCACAAUAUUAAAAUCAAAAUCUCACAAGACAGUAUGACCCAGGUUUUGCUCCCGUUCAUUCACUUCGCACAUUAAGAUGUAUUUGCUCCUUUUUGUUCUGCUUCUUCCUGCCAUGGGAGGGGGCUGUAGCCUGGAGGGUCACCUGGUCUCUCCCCACACCCAUGUGCUUGAAUCGAGAUCUGCCACGCAGAAGGUGGCAACCCUGGAAAAGCUCUGGCAACCCUGGAAAAGUGGGACACGCAGCCUCUUCCACUUACUGCGGUCGGAUCGCUUUCUGUGUUUUUUCCAGGAGAGAGCACCAAAGCACCGGGCAAAAGCCGCGGCUCCCACCGAGCGCGAGCAAAGAGAGGCCGGGCUCGUGCCAGCAAAGACACUUCCAAGCUGCUGCUCCUCUACGACGAAGACAUUCUGGAGAGGGACCCCUUGCGGGAGCAGAAGGACUUGGCCUUUGCCCAGGCUUACCUGAGCAGGGUAAGGAGGGGCCUCCUCACCAACUGCAAAGUUGGGAUGUAGAGUUGCAAGCAACCUUAAAUCGGGAGAGAGUUCCAGAUGUUCACCAAACCAGAGAACGCCUAGGUCCUGUAGACUGGGGAGCCUCAGGCCUGGGGACCAGAUGUGGCCCCCGAUAGCUCUCUUAUCUGGCCCUCGGGACUCUUCCCAGGCCACACCUCUUCAAAGCCCACUGCCCCUUCCUUCAAGUGCUUUCUCCUGGCUGGACCACAUCCUUGAUGGUGCCUCUUGCUUCUCCGAAUGUGGGAUUCCCAGCGAGAGACGCAUACUGCCUCUGGCAGUGGAGGAAAACCAUAGCCAUCAGGGCUGGCAGCCAUUGGUAUUCCUCUUCUAAAGCCAUUCCUCUUCUAAAGCCAUCCAUUCGGUGGCCUUCGCUGCCUCCUUUGGGAGCGGCGGAUGCCUAGCUCUGCAAUGAAGCCUGUAGGCUUGUGUAGUUGCUUUGGGAUUUGGGGUUUGCUCUGCGCACGAGCGACAUUUUUCCCCCGCGCUCCGUCUGAGCUAAGGCCGGCGUCUUCCUCCACAGGUGCGCGAGGCCUUGCGGAACGUCCCCGGCAAGUACGAGGAGUUCCUGCACAUCAUCUACGAAUUCGAGAGCAACGCCCAGAAGCAGACGGCCGUCGACCUCUACGCGGGGCUGCGGAACCUGCUAAGGGAGUGGCCGCAGUUGCUCACUGACUUUGCUGCUUUCCUCUUGCCCGAGCAAGCCCUAGAGUGCGGGCUGGUAUGUAGAUACGCUGGCGCAGCUGGGAAUUGGGAGUUCAAGGAUGGCUCACUCGGUGCUGCUGCCUUGAAUCGGCACCCCACCUUACGACUUGACCUUUAAAGCCCUAAACGGCCUUAGCCCUGUAUAUCUGAAGGAGCGUUUCCCUCCCAUUGUUCAGCCCGGACACUGAGGGCCAGCUCUGAGGGCCUUCUGGCGGUUCCCUCACUGCGAGAAGUGAAGUUACAGGAAACCAGGCAGAGGGCCUUCUUGGUGGUGGCACCCUCCCUGUGGAACACCCUCCCAUCAGAUGUCAAGGAUCCUCUUAUUCCUUGAUCCUCUAUUCCCUUUCUCCCUUUCCUCUUCUAUGAAGAAACACUUUCUGGGACCCCACAUUUAAAUUCUUCCCUGGUCUCCUUGCUGGCCUUAGUAGGACCUAGUAGGACCAACUUGGCAAGUUAGCCCUGGUGAUCAUUUGAUGUCUACUGACUGGGGUUUGUAUGUCCCCCCCUCCCCCAUGACCCCUGAAUUUUUGAAUUUUAUUGAUGCUGUUUUAUGCUGUUUUUAAGUUGUAUUUUAAUCAAUUUUUAUAUUUGCUGUUAGCCACCCUGAGCCCGGUUUUUAAACUGAGAAGGGCGGGGUAUAAAUAAUGUUAUUAUUAUUAUUAUUAUUAAGGAGAUAAAUAACUAUACAGCUUUUAGAAGACAUCUAAACAAUGGUGGGACUUCAGGUAGUAGAUAUGUGAAGUGGGCCUCCACACUUAGGGAGUUCCCAUCAAAGGCAGUAUUGUAUAUGAAUCAACAAUACGUUCUUCCAACUAUAUCAAAAGGAAGGCAGCAAAUAAUAUUUUUUUUCAAACUUCCUGUAUAUGGAAAGUUUUAAUGUUUGAUGUUUUAUUAUGCUUUUGUUGGAAGCUGCUUGGAGUGGCUGGGACAACCCAGUCAUGUGGGUGGGGUACAAAUAAUAAAAUUAUUACUACUGCAAAGUUACUGGGGCCGCAAGUGGUCUUUAAAAAGGUGUGUGAUUGCCCUUCGCAUGCUACCCCAGCCUCACUUGGAGCUGCUUCUCCCUGAUGCCUUCUCACAUGACCAAGGGCUGCACUGAAGGGGGCAGAUUUCCCACCUGAAUUCUGUGCCCUGUUAUAAAUCAGUUUUUGUAUGUGAGGUUAUGAUGUCUAGCUUAUUGGGGGUCAGGGGCAACACUGGGCACCUGCUGAUCGCUUGGAAAUCUUCCCCACCCCUCUGGCUUCUGACAUUCCCCUCCACCCCCAGUAUUUGCCCACAAAACUAGAAGUACAGUGCAUCUUUUCAGCCACAGGGACUAGAAACUUUGCUUGUUAACAAAAGCUGAGAUUCUGAAGGCUCUGACUUCUUCUGAGCAAGCAGACCAGGGCAUCUAUUGCUUUCAUUGUUGUCUGGGUUUGAGCGAGAGGGCAGGUAAGCAAGCAGGUGGCAAUUCUGAAGAGGAGGGGCAGGACCAGUGGGCUCUUUGCUGGGGUGAGGGGCAUCAGCAGGUACCUGAUUCUCCUCUCUGUGUGGUUCACUGAUCUGCACCUGGGUUUGUUGCUUGCCACCUGCUGGCCAGGUAGGGAAUUUCACUUUUGGAGCUCUCCCCCCCCCCCGCAAAAAAAGAACCCAGGUGGUGAUUGGACAGCGCCAGUGAUGUCAGGAUGACACAUGAACAGUGAAGAUUGUUUCUCUUCCUUGGGGCAGUUUGAGGAGCAACAAGCUUUUGAGAAGAGCAGGAAGUUCCUUAGGCAACUGGAGAUCUGCUUUGCGGAAAACCCUUCCCACCACCAGAAGAUCAUCAAAGUGCUGCAGGGCUGUGCAGAGUGCCUGCCCCAGGAGAUAAUCGAGGUAAGCAGACUUACGGGGGCUCAUGGGAAAUAUGCUUGUCCUCUCUGUGUCCUGUCCCCUCAGCAAAUUCUGGCUUUGGUGAAAUCUGGGAAUUGCAGGCUUUUUCUUGUGGCUGAAAUACAACAUUGCUGCAAAUUUUGGUUUCUUGGCUUGUAUGUAACAUUCAUAUACAGGUAACUCUCCUCUUAUGCUUAAUUUAUGUGAUUAUGUGAUUGUAGCUUUGCGAGGCUGGGGGGGAGAUAAUGAAUAAAUGGGAGAGCUGAGGAAACCCAUUCUCCAUUCAUUUAUUCCUCUCCACCCAUGCAAAGCUGUGAUCGAAGGCUUACCUAGCUUUGGGAAGGUGGCGCAGGGGCUCUGGCAGGGUCCUAGAGCCCUCCUGCCUCCUCAAAGCUGGGCAAGCAGUCCUCCACCUCGCAGGGUGGCUGGUUCCAGGGGUCCCUAGCUUUACAAGUUUUUGCAUAUGCGCAUGGACCCCCAGAACCGAACCCUUGCGUGGAGCAAGUUACUCGUAUUAACCUACUGGCAUAUAUUUCACUUUGGAAACUCUCCUCACCAGGUCCUGAAGGAAUUGUUUAGGAUUCUCACAACCCCAGGACUGACUUAGUGGGAAGCAGAGCUCAAGGCAUCGGCUCUGCUGCGAGAGGAGAGCUCCACUGGGCCUCCUUUCUCCUCAAUUGUCAGCUGGGGGUAGCCAGUCCAUUAGACAUUUUAAACUGGAGUAGUAGGUAGCAGGGCUCAUUUCAUCAUAAUCGCUGGAGGCCCAUCUCCACCAAGCUCCUCCUGCCCCUGAACCGUGCUAGCUGGUUAACCGCGAAGGAAAAACCUACCAUAUUAUUCGCUUGUGAAGCUGAGGCCACCUCAUGAGAAGAGAAGACUCCCUGGAAAAGACCCUGAUGUUGGGAAAGAUUGAGGGCACAAGGAGAAGGGAACGACAGAGGACGAGAUAGUUGGAUAGUGUUCUCAAAGCUACAAACAUGAGUCUGACCAAACUUUGGGAGGCAGUGGAUGACAGGAAUGCCCUGCGUGCUCUGGUCCAGGGGGGCACGAAGAGUAGGACACGACUAAACGACUAAACAACAAUUUUUCUCUCUGUAAGAUGCACAAGACCAUAAGACGCACCUAGUUUUUAGAGGAGGAAAAGAAGCAACAAGAAAGCAAUGCAAAGCUUCUUGAGCGAAGAGGCAGGAGUGCUCUGGCUGCGCUCAAGAGGCUUUGCGUGGCUAUCCCUGAAGCCAGAAGAGGGAUAGAGGAGGCUUCUGGGACAGCUGCACAGCCUCUUCAGGGCAGCGGGAUGAAGGCUCCCCAUGCCCUGAAGAGGCUGCGCGCAGCUAAGCCAGAAGCUAGAACAGCAAGAGGGAGCGCUGCGCAGCAAUCCCUUUCGCUGUUCUGGCUUCUGGGAUAGCUGCGCAGCCUGCAUUCGCUCCAUAAGGCGCACACACAUUUCCCCUUACUUUUUAGGAGGGAAAAAGUACGUCUUAUAGAGCGAAAAAUACGGUACAUUGAAAUUACGGUAGUGCCUUGGUUGGAUGUUGAUUUUCCUCUGCCCUCCUUUUCCCUUUUCCCUUGUGUGUCUUUUUUUUUUAAUGUAUUGUAAGCCUGCAGGUAUGGGCUGCCUUGUUUCGAUUGUGUGUAAGCUGUUCUGGGAGCCCUUUAGGCUGAAGAGUGGGGUACAAAUGCUCUAAACCAAUAAAUAAGAAGGGAUUGAAGAAAAAAGACAUUGGACAAAUGCGGCAAAUGUUCCACACAGGGGUGGGCAAACAGAGUUUGGCCAGUAAGCUGGAUCCUAAGCUUCCCCCCACCCCGGUGGGCCAUUUUGAUAUGGGGGGAGGCACCUAUAAUUCAGGUACCAAUCACUCCUCUCCUUAUUUUGCUUCCUUGGAAUGUCUCUGUGCAGCUGAAGACCCAGAUGUGGCAGUUGCUGAAGGGGCACGACCACCUUCAGGAUGAGUUCUCCGUCUUCUUCGACCACUUGCGCCCGUCGGCCAACCGCCUGGGAGAUUUUGAGGAAAUCAACUGGACGGAAGAGAAAGAGUAUGAGGUGGAGUUAUCCCUUGAUCUUCCUGGGCAGGUUGGGAGAGGGGGCACCUGCUUUUUGCACUGCUUUCCAGUGUGGUGUAGUAGUUAAGAUUCGUAAUCUGGGGAACCGGGUUCGCGUCCCUGCUCCUCCACAUGCAGCUGCUGGGUGACCUUGGGCUAGUCACACUUCUCUGAAGUCUCUCAGCCCAGCUCACCUCACAGAGUGUUUGUUGUGGGGGAGGAAGGGAAAGGAGAAUGUUAGCCGCUUUGAGACUCCUUCGGGUAGUGAUAAAGCGGGAUAUCAAAUCCAAACUCCUCUCCUUCUUCUUCUUUCCGGAGUUGCGGGGAGAAGCGGCUCUGAGCUCCGAUAGCAACGGUGGGGUGUGUGGAAUUUUAAGCUUCGGGGAUUCCCUGCAUCCCAACCACGCUACCUGACAACGGCUCCUGUGCUUCUUUUCCUAGUUCGAUGGAUUUGAAGAGGUGUCCUUGCCAGAUGUGGAGGAGGAGGAGGACCCCCCCAAAAUCCACGCGUCUGCGAAAAAUAAGAAGAGGAAGGAACUAGGGGGGCAGAAUAUUGACAAGGUGAGGCUGGGGGAGCCCUUGGCGUGAAGCACUGCUUUCGAGAGCUCCUUCUCCCUGCUGCCUGUCCUGCUGAGGGUUGCUCCUCUUCUCCUCUUGUGUGUGAUUUCAGGAGUCUGAGUGGGCCGAGGGGGCCAAGGAGUGCUGCUGCUCCUGCCACGAGGGGAGCGGCGACCUCAGGCUGAAGAGGAGCAAGCGAAGGACCUGCAGCCACUGCAGCAGCAGCAGCAGCAGCAACAAGGUCAGUCCACAGCAAUGGCAGAGGGAGUGGGAGACUCCGGGGUUUCAGCUCAGCACACUGGGCCAUAGAUCAGUGGUAGAGCUUUACAUGCAGAAGGUGACAUGUUCAGUCCAUCGUCUCCAGGUAGAUUCACAUUGGAAACCCUGCAGAGCCCCUGCCAGUCAGUGUGGACAAUACUGAGCUUGAUGGACCAAUGGCCUGAUUCAGUAUAAGGCAGCUCUCUUGGUUCCUAUGUGUGUGAGUUCAUCUGUGUGUCUCUUCCUUGAAGCCUUGAAAAUGUGCUGUAAGCUACCCAGAGCAUCUGUGGGUUAAGCCAACCCUCCAGAUAAGCUGCUCCCAAACUGUUAAAAGCUCUGUAUACUAAUGGUAACAUCUCAAACCCAUUGUUGCUGCCAUUUCAGCUGCCUGUAUGUAGUUCUGGAUGAUGAAGGGUUAAGGUUUCUGCCUUAGACAUGGAGUUCAUCUAUAUUUAUUCAUUUUAUCCCACCUUUCCUCCAAGGAGUUCAAGGUGGUAUUCAAGGUGGCUCUCUUCCUCCCCAUUUUAUCUUCACAACAACCCUGUGAAGUAGGUUAAGCUGAGAGACUGUGACUGGGCCCAUGGACACCCAGUGAGUUUCAUGACUGAGCGGCAAUUUGAACCCUGGGUCUCUGGGGUCCUGGCCAAACUAUAGAGUCUCAUGGCUUUUUAGGGGUGGGUGGCGAAGGGAAGCAUACAGGUUUAAUGAGUUUGGAGCAGGAGGUGUUCUGAGAUGCUCUUGGACUUCCCUUGGUCCACAGGCAGGAGAUGGCAAGGCCUACAGGAACAAAGAUCCCCAGGAGCUCACCGACAGCCUUGUCCAGCGCGAACUGAGCCCUCGCCCCGAAGGGAAGGAGCCUGCAGAAGAGAGUCUGGAGCAGAGAGAGGACGGGGAGCCUCCCCAGAGCAGGAUGAGGACAGGCGCCAGGAGAGCAGACUCCACAGCAGGAGGUAGGUUGGGAGUGAAAGGGGUGGGAAGCAUGGACCCAUGAACUUUCCCAUGCAGCCCUGGGAUCUUGUGCCAAGCAACCUCCUAACUGGCUCCGUGGGCAGGAGGGGGGGGGGAUCCUGGCAGGGGCUGUGUAAGAUUUCAUACUUUGUCCCUUCUGAGGACAAGGGCAUCCUCUCUGGUCCUAAUUCUGCUCUGUGCUUUGGAAACUUUUUCAGAAGCCACCAAGGCUGACUGUUAAACCUGAUAUGUCACGCUAGAAAUGGCACCUUUUAAAUAUGAAACAGAUUUGUGGCUGUAUAUAAUGCUUUGUGAAGUAGAGCCUUUUUGAUGAGGAGGGUUUUAGUCUGCAGGGUUAUCUCCCACAAUAAGCCUCGUUAGUCUUUUACGAUAUCACAAGACUCCUUCAGGAGUGUCUGGAAGGAGGGCUUGGGGUGGCUAUAAACCGAGGCUGAAUCCAGUUAAAGAUGGAGAUUCCGUGGCCAUUAAAAAAAAGUUUUUAUUUUGUUAAGAUUGCAUUGUUUUUUGCCACGCUUGGGCCCCUUUAGAGGGGGGAGCGCGAGAGAAAUUUACGAAAUGAAUUUGGUCUUCCUCUCUUGUAGGUGAAGCUGAGGGGCCUGUGUGCUGUGCUUGAAGGAAGCACCCCCAGUUUGCUAGCUGUGGCUAUUUUCACGCAGGCUGGAAGGCGCACUGGCACCUAAUGCUAGUUUUUAAGCUUAGCGUAUCUCAGCAGUGCCAUCUGCAUAACCUUGUGCUGUAUUUCAUUUCCACAGCUUCUAAUAAUGCUGUGCAACGAGCAAGCGAGUGUGAACAAUCCUUUCCCUAUUGUUUUUCUUCUUUCCCAGCUUCUCGCGUGGAAGGAAAACUGCCUUUGCCCAAGGAGACCCCUACGGAAGGGGGUGCGCUGCCAGGACCUCCCUGUCUCUCCAAAGCCAGCGAUCCUGCCAAGCUGCUCCCUCCUAGUACUGCUGCCUCUUCCACGCUGCCGGUGCAGAGGGGCGCCCCACCGAAACCCCACCGACCCAAAAGUGGCUCUUGCCAUAUAGGAGGCGAGAGUGACGCAGGACUCUGCACGAGGAGCGGGGAAGCUUCUUCAGGCGUUUCAGGGGGUGAGACUCUUGCAGGAGCAGCGGGUGGUGCAGCUAGCCCAGGUGUCAACCCUCCUCUAGCCAAGAGUUGGCCACAAAAGCCUGCCGUUCAGUCCAGUCCCUCGCGGGGGACAGCUUCUGCUGCUCCUCGAGUGUGUCUCAAGGACAAGGAAUUGGACAGGUUGCCAUCGUCUCUGGAUACAAAGCCCAAAGGAAGGGAUCUUUGCGGGUCACACUCCAAGGACCUCACACCGCCGAAAGCAGGAGCGGCAAACUGUGGCUCUCAGACUCCAGCAGUGGCCUCUGGAGUUUGCAGCCCUCUGGCUACGGAGAAGAAAGGAAAUGCCACGGAGAGACUGUGUGCUAGUGACCGCUCAGAGCUGCCGGCUGCAGGCGGUGGGGAGCGGGCUGCCUCACUGCGGGGAGAUGAGCUGCACCAAAGGGCGGUCGAAGCGACUGUGUGCGCUAAGAACAUCAAGGUCAGCUCCACCGGGGAGAAGGUUGUAUUGUGGACCAGGUACUUUUUUUUGCUUCCUUGUUCAAAAGCCAGUACUAGGGGAGAACCAGGGUGGGUGCACGUAUAAGUGGUUUUACUUUAGAAUCCCUUUGUCCCCAGAGGUAUAAGGCGUUCCCUGACCCCAACACUUUGAUGCACUGAGGAAAAGCCCAGUCUUACAUCAGAACGUACAGAUAAGAUUGAAAAAGCCGUGUGGGGUGUAAAACAGGGAGGCUGUGAGAAAAUAGCAGUUAAUCGGUGGGGUGUUGCAAAACAAGGAAGCCUGAUAGUGCCUUUGCUAACAUGUCCCUAUUGCUCCAUUUCUGAUCGGAAGCUGCCUUAUACUGAUUCAGACCAUUAGGUCCAUGCAGCUGAGUAUUGUCCACACUGACUGGCAGCGGCUCCCUCCUGGGUUACAGGCAAGGAGUAUUUACUGUCCCUACCUGCAGGCCGUUUCACUGAGUUUAAAGCCGUUCCCCUGUGGAUGGUGUGCUUCUGUUAAAGGCUAACAAAGAGGACUUUCUUAAACACAAGCCUCCAUCUGACAACAAGCCUUGUGGGAUUCAUGAAGUCUGGUCCAAGGAGCAGCCCACUCCAGUUCCCUUUUUCCAGUGUCAGGUGUUUCUUUUACAGAGAGGCUGACCGGGUCAUUCUGACCACCUGCCAGGAGCGAGGAGCUCACCCAGACACAUUCAGUGCCAUCUCGCAGCAGCUGUGCAACAAAACGGCAGAGGAGGUGAGUCCUGGGGGAGACAAAUCUCUCGGAAGCAUUGAGUUCUUCUGUAAAGCUUAGGAAUGCCUGGGUCCAUAGAUAUGACUGGUGACACUUUACCCAUGCAGUAGGAUUGCAUGGAUGUCUAAUUUCACAAAAGAAAUAGGAUCCACGGCGAGCUGCUCUGCAAAUUGUGUGCUGUGGUCCCUUUAAAAAUCUGCACUGAGUGACAGGAUGAAAUGCAGUUUACAGAUACGGACACUUUCAAAGAAGAAAGUUUAAUUGAGCAGGGAAAGCCCUGUGUUUCAAUCUUAGCCAGACAGUUGGCAAUAUUCAGAGAUCCCUCUAUGCCCAUGGCCAAUCAUUGGGAGCACAUUAUCCUGUAUUUGAAUACUGUACAGUGUUUAUUCUACGAGCCAGGAAAUACAGAUUUCUUGUUCGGUGGUGGAUUCAGAGUAGAAGGUAGGUGUGCCAUUGCUUAUCUUUCCUACCUUCAUCUAAAAAAAUUGAAAUAGUAUCAGUUGUCAGAGUAGAUUAGCUUCAGAGGCAAUUUGCUUGUCUCUCCUUCUCUCCCUCCAUUACAACCCUGUUCUGCUCUCAGGUCGCCCAUCGGUUCAGGGAACUGAUGACUUUAUUUCACACGGCUUGUGAUGUCAGCUCAGAGGACGAAGAAGAUGGAAUGAGCACCAGCAACACUGACCAGCUUUCUGACAAAGACCCAGUCCUCUCUGAGGAAGAGCAGGAGGAGCAAGGCUUUUGAAAGCGUGAGCCAGUACUACUGAAGGGGAAUGGAGAUGGCUGGGCAAUCUUGUUUGCAUUUGGCUCCAGAGAACGCCAUCUGACCCCCACCUCCCGCAUCAAACUUGAAGUCACCUCGAAAGAUGUAGGCUGCACUCGUUCUUGGAUAAUGGCUGGUGUAAAUAUUUUAAAUAGUAGGAAAAAUAUGUACAUUCUCUCUUUGUGCUGCUUCUGAGUGACUAUUUAUUGUGGCAGUUGUAUUUUAAGGAAUAAAAAGUAUUCCUGUUGU